UGUUUAUCGAUACAUUGCGUUGUUUUGCGUCUUUUAUCGUAUUCUUUUUGUUUGUAAGCAAAGCAUGGUGAUUUGCGGUAAUAUUUUGGCCAGGGACAACUACGAGCACUUUGUUUUGACUUGUGCGCACAAAAAUGAGUGCCACGUGGAAAUGGGUUUCGAGCGGUGGCGGGAAUUCAUUCUGCACAUCAAGGAACACCGGGAAAUGCACUUGGAAACACAGGAGGAGGCUGCUUCCUCCGACGAAAGCAAUGUGGAGACGUCGUCAGCAAAGGUGUUUAUAGUGGAGGAGCAUCCGGAGGACUGUCUGGCCGAGGACAUGUUCGUGGACCUGCCCGCCUCCUCCGAGGACGAGAGCAUCGGCGAGGAUGAGGACGAAGACGAGGACGAGGCGGGCGUGGACUGCCCCUCAAUGGCGGUUGACUGUGAACUGGGCACCAGCAGUUUCCCCUACUUCGCACCAUUAUCCAAAUUUAAUCCAACGUUCUACCGACGCAGUCCACGGAUCACCCAGUUCAUCGAGCUGUACAAGCAGCAUACUUGCCUCUGGGAUCCGGCGGAUAAUUCGUACAAGAACAGGGAGAAACGCACAGAUGCCUACGACAAGUUGUUGGAGCAAUUGAAGUCCACCGUGAACCUCCAUCUUACGGCCUACAAGCUGAAGAAGUGCAUCGCAAGUCUGCACGCCCAGUAUGCUGCGAUAACGCGACAGAAGAAAACGCAGAAGCUGACCAAGGUCCCGCUAUAUUAUCACGGCAAGUACGUUUUUUUGGCGGAGCGCGGAAGUCUGGAGGACGAUGACAGCGAUGAGGACGACGGCGAUGGCAAGAUAAAGCUGGUGUUUACGGAGGAGAAUCGACUGACCACUCUGUUCAUCGAACUGUACUCCAAGUUCCCUCAUCUGUAUGAUCCGGCACACGAGCACUUCUCCAAUCUGGGUGAACGCAAGGCAUCGCUUAUUGAGAUGACAGAUCUGUUGACUGCGGAGAUUCCGCUGGGCCUGAUCACCCACUACGAUGUUUACGACAGUAUUCAGAGCAUGCGCCAAUGGUAUUCGCGCCGGAUAAAAACGCUCACAGACGUGCAAUCCGUGGGUCUCUCGCUGGCCGAGAAGCGGUACAUCGACCGGUGCAAGAGCUUCAUGCCCACUAAGACAUUUCGCCAGAAGCUCAAGUGUGAAGUCUGUGAGCACGCCUUCAGCACGGAUCACGCCCUGCAGGCGCAUCAGUUCCGGGAUCACAAGAUGGGCGAGGGCGGCUGGUUCCGGUGCACGUUGUGCGAGCUGAACUUCGACCGACGCUGCCACCUGCAGCAGCACAUACAGCGGGUGCACAUGAGCAAGGCGUUCGUAUGCGACAUUUGCAGCCGGAGCUUUGCCUUCGGAAACCAGCUGGUCAUCCACAAGCGCACCCACGACGAGAAGCACGUGGCCAAGCCGUUUGUCUGCGAGUUCUGCGGCAAGUCGUUCAAGCAGAAGAUCCAAAUGACCACCCACGUGACUGCGGUGCACACCAAGAUCCGGGCCUUCAAGUGUCACAUGUGCCCCAAGGACUUCCUAACCAAGCGCGACCUCAAGGACCACGUGAAGGCGCACCUGAACAUCCGCGACAAGGUGUGUGAGGUCUGCCAGAAGGCCUUCACCAAUGCCAAUGCCCUGGUCAAACACCGGCACAUCCAUAAGGAGAAGACGCUGCAGUGCUCCCUGUGCACCACUCGCUUCUCGGAGCGGGUCAGUCUGGGCGUCCACAUGCGGCGCACCCACAAGAUCAUCAAGAGCACCCUAAAGGUGGCGGAGCCGGCUAGCGAUGCACUCUUUGCACACACAUUCCCUCAGCCCUAAGACAUUUCCAAAAAAUAAAAGAUAUUUACACAUGUAUUAAAGCUUUAAUAUUAAAAACAAUAUGACUAUUAUGAACAAUAA